AGACGGUCGCGCGUUCUUGCCUCGUUCGCAUCGUUCCGUUAGCUGUUCGCGCCGACGCCCACGCCAGCACACCUACUGCAUCUGUUCCAAGCCACGAGGAGCUGUUGGAAGCCUGCCGCCUAUUGGAAUUGCUGGGUCCAGAGUUAUGGGAGGUUGCUGUCGCGGCAACCACAGCUGCUGAAACAGCGACACUACCAAGUCUGCCGAAAACUUGCAAGGAAAAACCAGAAAACUGAAUCGUACAGAUGGAGAAAGACGAUCCUCAAAAGGCCCUACGCGAGUUGCACGUGGUGGUGAUCAAGCAGAAGAGGGACGUGAAGGAUCCAGACCCAGGUACUGCUGAGGAUGUAACUACAGCUGCUGAAACAGCAACAGUCCCUAAAGAUCCAGAACUGCCAUCAACUUCCGAGGGAAUAUCAGACACACCAACCUCGCAGAAGGAGGAGGUCAAAUCUCCGGAGGCCCAAUUCGAGGAGGAUAUGUUGGAGGCUUUCCACCUAUUGCAAUUGCUGGGCCCAGAGUUCUGGGAACUGGCUGUCGCGGAAACCAAAGAGGGCGUCGCUGCAGUCACAGGUGUCGCUGCAAAAAUAAAAGCUGAUAAAUGGACACAAACUGAGUGGGCAUACCCAGGACCCUCAAAGGUACAGAAUAAGAAAGACGAACCUCAACAGGCCUUACGCGAGCUGAAAGAGUCGGAGGCCCGCCUGCCGGAUGAACAUCAGGAUCCAGACGUCGGCGGAGUUGCUGUUGGCGGAACUUCAGCUGCGCCGGCAGCAGCGGAGAUACAGCGACCAAGUGCCAGUGAACCAAAUGACUCUGGGCUAGUGGUGCAAGAGAACACGGUUGCAGCUCAGAACGGAAAAGGGAAGACCUCCUCAGAAGAAAUCAAGUCUGAUGAAAAAAACAAGAAACCAGACGCAGAAGUGGAGGCCCAAGAUGCAGCCAAAGAUGUUUCAGGCGAAAGUGCCGAAGGAGGCAAAGAUUCUUCGUCGAUCUCGGAAGUGAAGACUUCUUCAAGUAAGACUUCGAACGAGCUGAAAGAGUCGGAGACCCGCCUGCCGGAGGAACAGCAGGAACCAGCCGUCGGCGGAGUUGCUGUUGGCGGAACUUCAGCUGCACCGGCAGCAGCGGAGAUACAGCUACCAAGUUCCGUAGGAGGCAAUGAUUCAUCGUCGAGCUCGGAUGUGAAGACUUCUUCAAGUCACUCUUCUAACGAGCUGAAAGAGUCGGAGGCCCGCCUGCCGGAUGAACAUCAGGAUCCAGACGUCGGCGGAGUUGCUGUUGGCGGAACUUCAGCUGCGCCGGCAGCAGCGGAGAUACAGCGACCAAGUUCCGAAGGAGGCAGUGAUUCAUCGUUGAACUCGGAAGAGAAGGUUUCUUCUAGUCACCCGACGAACGUGCUGAAAGAGUCGGAGGCCCGCCUGCCGGAGGAACAUCAGGAUCCAGAUGUCGACGGAGUUGCUGUUGGCGGAACUUCAGCUGCGCCGGCAGCAGCGGAGAUACAGCGACCAAGUUCCGAAGGAGGCAGUGAUUCAUCGUUGAACUCGGAAGAGAAGGUUUCUUCAAGUCAUCCUUCGAACGUGCUGAAAGAGUCGGAGGCCCGCAUGCCGGAGGAACAUCAGGAUCCAGACGUCGGCGGAGAUGCUGUUGGCGGAACUUCAGCUGCGCCGGCAGCAGCGGAAAUACAGCGACCAAGUUCCGAAGGAGGCAGUGAUUCAUCGUUGAACUCGGAAGAGAAGGUUUCUUCAAGUCACCCUUCGAACGUGUACGGAGAAACUUCUAGUUCGGAAGAGAACGAGUGUGAAAUUUGCGGGAUGAGACGCGAUGAAGAAGUGGAAGCUAACGUUAUUCAACCCCAUUAUCCUUCAGCAUACGAGGUUCCAUACUUGAGUGACUGUACGUCGACCACGGAAGAGAACCCUUAUUUACUUCCAGAUGAGAUUAAUUUACCCAGUACUUCGAACCAGAGAAGAGGACAAAGGCGAAGCCAUGCAAAUGUGGUGGGAAAAAUUAAGAUAUUCGAUAACGAGUCAACAGCAAGUACCGAUGAUCUUGAUAACUGGUCGUCUACGACAGAAGAGAAUGCUGAUUUAUAUAUAAUUUCCAGACAGAACGAAGAAACUUCUAGCUCGGAGGGGACCGUUUGUGAAUCAGUCAUGAAUAUACGAGAAGAAGAAAUAAAAAACAACAUGGCAGGACCCGAUGGUACUUCAUCAAAAGUUAAGGAAGAAAGCACUGGUUCUUCGCCGAAGAUGGAAAAAGGAAAAUCUUCACUUCCGUCGAGCAAGUCAAGCUCUAACCUCGUCUUGGAAUGGACCGAUUCUGACCAGGAGAAAGGUGAUUCCAAAGAAGAUGACAGUCUUUCAUCAAAUGCCGUAUAUAGCAAUAAAUCAUCGGAAAAUAAAUAUGAUGGGACUUCACGUCCUUCAAGUGAGUCAAGCUCUAACCUCGUCUUGAAAUGGACCGAUUCUGACCAGGAGAAAGGUGAUUCCAAAGAAGAUGACAGUCCUUCAUCCCAUGCCGUAUAUAGCAAUAAAUCAUCGGAGAAGAAAGAUGAUGGGACUUCACGUCCUUCAAGUGAGUCAAGCUCUAACCUCGUCUUGAAAUGGACCGAUUCUGACCAGGAGAAAGGUGAUUCCAAAGAAGAUGACAGUUCUUCAUCACCUCUCGAAGAAAGGAAUGGUUCUUCGUCGAAGAUUAAAGAUGGAAAUUCUUCAAUUUCACUUCCGUCGAGCAGGGUGAAAGAAACUUCCAGCUCGGAAGUGAUCGAUUUGGACGAAGGCAACAAGAAAUUGGAUGGAGAGAAGACUCAAGUUGGAGGAGCCGAUAAAAGUUCAUCUAAAGCUUCGGAAGAAGACAAAAUUAACUUAAUGAAGGAGCAAGAAGAUGCUGCUAUACUUCAGACUCAGGUCCAGGAAACGGGAAAGUCCAAAUCAACAGGGACCGAAUGUGAUGAUGACACGAAGAAAUGCAAUGCAGAAGUGGAGAACAUUUUGGCCGAAGCCGAAAUCGUUAAAGGUUUAAUGGAGACCUUUAAAGAAAUGAAAGGAUCUGAAGAAGAAUCAACUCCCAUUCCAGAAGAAGGAGCUAGGGUCUUUAGACCAAUAGAUAAACCAGAACCACUUAAAACUGUCGGAGGAAACCAGGAUUGGUCGGUGCUGGCUCCAGUAGCCAUUGCUGCAGCCCAGGCCCCGGAGGCGAGUACCAGCACUUUCUUCAGUUCACUCACUGUUCACUCGCCCUUCAGUUCCUUUUGUUCAAGUUCUUUCACGCGGUAG